AUGGGUUGCAAUGUGUUCAUCGUACAUCAAGACUCAAUCAUCAGCUUCAUGGAAAGAUUUUUCGAAUAUCAUGACGAAGCAACGUUCAGGGAUCCUAACAAAACUAUCGUGAUGCUCAUGGAUAGCAGCCAAUCUGAUGAAAAGUAUCUUCUUCGUGAAUUGUGCGAACAUCCCAAUCUCGUAGAGGUUUUGAAUCUGCUCAUGCUAAAACCGACUGCGAAUAUGAAAUAUAUUGAACUUAUAACGCAUCGUUUCGUCGGAACCGCCGAAGAAUCGGUCGAUCUGCUUCUACUAGACGUAUUUGAUAUCGCAAACAAAACAUUUCGCCAUGGGAGGCAACUAUUUCCAGACAAGAUCACCAAUCUGCAGGGAAAAGUUAUCCGAGUGGCGGCAUUCAAUGUUCCUCCGAUGGUUAUUAUGCAUCAGAACUAUAGUAGUUACCCAUCAGUAAAGUCGGGAAAUCAGAUGUAUGAAGUAUAUGGAAGUGAUGGUCUGUUGAUCAAGAAAUUUUGCCGGCGUUACAACUGUUCGGUAGAGUUGAUACUCGAUGAGGUCAACCAGUGGGGUACAAUCUAUUCUAACAGAACCGGUAACGGAGUUCUCGGAAACCUGUUGAACAGGCGAGCAGAUAUUGGAUUCGGAGGGUUAAGCGGUUGGCAUACUCCACUGAACAAUGUUUCUAUCACUUGUAUAUUCCAGGGCUCAACCUACAUGGAAAGUCAUGCUUUUAGUUUUCACAGUUCCAGUUUGGAUCUCCAUCACUUUUUGGUGUCCAAAUUUCAAACGGGAUCUUCUGCGGUGCUACAAGACUUGGCUGACCAGGGUAAUGCUGCAUUCGCAAUCGGACGCCUGAUAAACGACCAUCUGAUGAUCGGUGGAUGGAUCACUGCAGGAAAUGUUCAUAAAUAUCAAAUUAUGAGAGAGGAACUGUACUACGACCACGAAGUAUCCAUGGCCACCAAAACGUGA